AUGGCUCUCUCUCAACAACAUCCUAGCGAAUUGGAGCGGAUUUUCACACAGUUUAAGCAAAUCGCGGCAGGCACCCACGUAGCGGUUCGAAUUCAAGCUCCAGAGGUCAAGAAAAAUCCUAAAGGACGACCAUCACUCAAGAAAAAAAAUUCAACAUCAACAAAAAGAGAUCCUUCAGGCUUUGAGAUUGUUGAAAGUGAGAUCAAGACUCAACAAAGAAACAAGAAAAGAACAACUAAACCCACAGGCAACCCAGCAAGAAAAUUGAAACGGCUCCGAAAAUCCAACAGCCCGGAUCAUGAGGACAACAAUGACACUGAACCAACUGAAGACCUAGCCAAAAAACCUGAAGAAACCCAAUUUGAGCCUUCAAAAGGUGAACAAAAAAUUGAAAAUCAAGAUAGUGAUGCCGAGCGAUCUCUGGACGAAAUCGAUAAUAACGCCCUGUUGGCUUUGUUGGAUGAAAAGCUGGCAAGUCACAAAUAUAAAUCCCAGGUUCCAAAACAUCUACAACAUCUGGUAAAGGACCAAUUUGACCCAGAAGGCAAUGGGAACUGUGGCUUCCGGUGUGUUGCAAGAGCACUUGGUUACGACAAUAAUGGAUUCAUGCGGGUCCGGCAGGAGAUGAUCACCGAUUUAACAGAUAACCGAGCAAGUUACGUCAAAUUGCAGGGCAGCGAACAGGAAGUAGUCAAUAUCCUCAAUGGCCUAACAGUAGAUGGCACCCAAUCUAGCGUUCCUCCUGGGAAGUGGCUCAGCAAGUUGUUGCAUGGUCAAAUUCUUGCAAAUACUUAUACCCGCCCAAUAUUUUUCCUCUCUUUCGAUUCCUGCAACACCUAUCUACCCUUGAGGCUUGGCCCCGAGGACUCCAAAUCCAACAAACCUAUUUACCUUCUUCACGUGAACAAGAAUCACUGGGUUUUGGCUUACAUGGAGGAAGUAGAUGGGGUGAAACCCCUCCCUCCCCCCAUGCUGGCAACUAAGUGCACUUCGGAAACCGCGAAGGGCUGGUGGAGUUACAUACAGCAGGGCCUGGCUUUCUAUCACCAGCUCCUUGUGGAUUCCAAAAAGGUUAUUUAA